AUGACUCUUAUCUAUCUAUCUAUCUAUCUAUCUAUCUAUCUAUGUCUGUUCAUAUCUAUCUAUCUAUGUAUCUCUCUCUCUCUCUCUCUCUAUAUAUAUAUAUAUAUAUAUAUAUAUAAAAUUCUGUUCAUAUCAAUGUAUUCGUCAUUGUCUAUACAUGUCGAUGACACAUUAUCUAUCUAUCUAUCUAUCUAUCUAUCUAUCUAUCUAUCUAUGAAAUUCUGUUCAUAUCUAUGUAGCUGUCUAUCUAUGUAUCUAUCUAUAUAUGUCAGUUCAUUAUCUAUAUAUAUCGAUGACUCUUAUCUAUCUAUCUAUCUAUCUAUCUAUCUAUCUAUCUAUCUAUGUCUGUUCAUAUCUAUCUAUCUAUCUGUCUAUCUAUGUAUCUAUCUAUAUAUGUCAGUUCAUUAUCUAUAUAUAUCGAUGACUCUUAUCUAUCUAUCUAUCUAUCUAUCUAUGUCUGUUCAUAUCUAUCUAUCUAUCUGUCAGUCUGUCUGUCUGCCUAUCUAUCUAUCUAUCUAUGUUAGUUCAUUAUCUAUAGAUGACUAUCUAUCUAUUUAA